AUGGGGGUGGGGUGUCUCGGCCCCGGAAACGGAAGUGAGCGGUUUGGCCGGCCGACUCAAGCAGGUUCAGAGGGUUUCCUAGAGCUGUUUCCAAGAUGAACGCCAGAGGCCUUGGGUCGCAGCUGAAGGACAGUAUUCCAGUUACGGAGCUCUCAGCCAGUGGGCCUUUCGAGAGUCAUGAUCUUCUACGGAAAGGGUUUUCUUGUGUGAAAAAUGAACUUUUGCCCAGCCACCCUCUUGAAUUAUCAGAAAAAAAUUUCCAGCUCAACCAGGACAAGAUGAAUUUUUCCACCCUGAGGAACAUCCAGGGUCUGUUUGCUCCCCUGAAGUUACAGAUGGAGUUCAAGGCAGUACAGCAGGUUCAACGUCUCCCGUUUCUUCCCAGCUCAAACUUCUCACUGGAUAUUUUGAGGGGCAACGAUGAGACCAUUGGUUUUGAGGAUAUUCUUAACGAUCCAUCACAAAGUGAACUGAUGGGCGAGCCCCACUUGAUGGUGGAGUAUAAGCUGGGCUUGCUGUGAUACAGGGUGCCAUGCGGGAAUGACGGUUGUAUUUUUCAUAGUUGCCUCUGGUACAGUCUGAUGUUCAUAGCAUUAAAGUACUGAGAGGAUCACUGAGUCACAUGGAAGUGUUUGGGGCUUGGAUUUGGGUUGUGAGUCAGUUGAGAGGCUAGAGGUGGUUUCUAAGCUCUGAGGUUACAGCAAAGCCAACUUCUGAAAACGUCUUUCUUAUAAAUGUUACAAACACAAUAAAGUUACCAGGAGCCUCCUUCAGA